CACCUGAUAAAACCCACCCACUGGUUGCAGGCUCCGCCCAUUUAGGAAGUAAGGUGUACUUGUGCCCAUCCUGCCCACGUGAAUUCAUUCUGAGUAAAGGAAUCGCCAUACAAACAUGUGUGGAAUACUUAAAUUUAUAUUAAUGUCGGUGGCGUUUGCUGGAGCGGCUCCAGUAACUUCAGGACCAAAUUAUGCAGCACAAGAUGGUCCAGAUGAAAACGUCACCCUGCAGUGUUCAAGUGGAAACACCACUCUUACAGCAGGAAUAAAAGGCCAUCAGGACAUCACCGUCCACGUUGGGGAGCAAUGCAAGCUCAUCUUUCCAAAGAUGAGCGGUGAUCAUUCCUCAGUGUUCCUGAAAAGGAACGGCAGCAACCAGUAUGUUGGUGGUUGCAGAGACCAGCAUGACCUAGGAGAAAGCCUGGACCCGUUAUUUACCGGCCAGGUGGAGCAGAGCGACUGCAUGAAGAUGGAUGAAGGCUUCAGUCUGACCUUCAUGUCUCUGGCCAUGAACUACACAGGGACAUACACCUGGAAGAGUGGAGGAAAGAGCAGCUCCUUCACCCUGAAUGUUACUGACGGAGGUGGAGGCAUCAUCGUCGUCGUCUUCAUCGUCAUCGUUGUCGUCAUCGUUGUCGUCAUCAUCAUCAUUUUUUGUGUAUUUGUUGUUUUUAUAGUAUUUGUAAAGAAUAAAAAAGCAUUGGAGAUCAAAUUAGUUGUUUUUAAGAAAUAUGUCCGAGAUAAAAGCUGUUUUAAAAAUGAUGUCAUCUAGUGGAACAUCAUGAUUUUACUGAAUUGUUAAAAGCAGUUUCUAAUAUGCAGAGUAAUAAAAACAUCCUCAGUAUGUGGAAAGUACCGUCUUUCCAAGCCUUUUUUAAAUUAUUGUAUUUAAUCAUUUUUAUCCAUUAUUUUUUUAAAGCAAAUAAACUUGCUUUUCCCUUGUUUGAA